UGCUUUCUGCCACAAGCACCUUCCUUUGCCUGAGGAACAAACAGCUAUAGCUAGAUAGCAAGCAAAUCAUGUUUCCAAAACUACUCUUUUCCACUUUCUUUUUCCUGAAUACAUAUUUCUUCCGAUUUGCAGUCGCCCAAACUUGCCCCCCUCCCCCAACAUGCCCUCCAAUCUCACCACCUCCACGCCCUACUAGAACCGUUUCUUAUGUUCGUCCCCGCCCGCCGCUAUACAAUCCUGCACUUCGUCUCCUGCCUCGCCAACCAAAUAACAAUCCAGGUCCUCUACUUAAUAGAGCCAGGAUUCUUGCCAUUACGCAGGAACUCAAAAGAAACAUUACCUUUGACCCGCAAAACUACACCGGUACAUGGGUUGGCAACAACUACUGCCUCUUCAAAGGGUUCUUAUGUGACACAAUUCCAGACAGGAACAUAACUGGACUAGCAGGUAUCGAUUUCAAUGGCGCAAGAUUUCGUGGUAACUUGAAUUUCUAUCGUUUCAUUGCAAAUUUGCCUGACAUUGCUAUCUUCCAUGCCAAUUCAAACAACUUUAGUGGGGUCAUCAACCAAGGCCUCAGUGGGUUACGCUACUUUUAUGAAAUGGACUUGAGUAACAACAAAUUCAUGGGUGGAUUCCCGUCAAACGUUCUUGGUGCCACAAACUUAGCCUUUGUUGAUCUUCGUUUCAACAACUAUCUGGGUUCUGUCCCUCGUAAUUUGUUCAAUUUCGACACUGAUAUUCUUUUUAUUAACAACAAUGUGUUUUCUCAAACAAUCCCUACCAAUUUGGGAAACACACCAGCACUCUAUCUCACCCUAGCAAACAACAACUUCACGGGAACGAUCCCACGAAGCAUAGCUGCAGCCUGGCAAACCAUGACUGAGGUCCUGUUCUUAGGCAACAAGCUAUCUGGUUGCCUACCUUUUGAAAUUGGGUACUUAAACAGAACGACCGUGUUCGAUGUUGGUUCUAACCGGUUAACAGGUCCAAUUCCACAGUCAUUCGGUUGCAUGGCAAAGUUGCAGCUGCUUAAUAUGGCUCAUAACCGCUUCUACGGGCCAGUACCAGAGGUUUUAUGUAGGCUUCCAAAUGCAUUCAAUUUCACACUGUCAAACAAUUACUUCACCCAAGUAGGCCCACAAUGUAGGAGGCUAAUCAGGUUAAGAAGGCUUAACGUGAACAGGAAUUGCAUAGCGGGGCUUCCAUUUCAAAGAUCAGCAGCUGACUGUACACGUUUCUUUUCAAGGCCUUUGAGUUGCGCAAGGGACAGCACGUUCAGCAUCAUUCCAUGUAGGCUACCAGCGGCUUCAUUUAGAACCCGAACCAUUUUUCAAGAAGAUGAAGUGCCGCCAUCUCCACGAACCUAUAAUGCGCUUGUGAACCCUUAAAGAAUUUGAACUAUCUAGUUGUGGUCGGUUUUAUUAGUACUUUGAUUACUAGUUUAUGUCUGUUUAAAGAGAUGAUUAGGUAAUAUGGUUAAA